GCAAGUGAGGUUUAAGUUCUCGGAACUCGUCGGGUUUAGGACCCCGGAGAAAGGAGUGUGACACAGGAGCAAUACGGACAGAAGGCUUGUGAGAUAUAGUAGAAGAACGGCAAGAGAACGAAGAGUAGCUAAAUUAGAAGAUUUUUACCAGGAAUUUUCAAAGACGUAUCAGCUUAAUAAAUCGACGAAGGUUUCCUAAGUAAUGGCCGGGAGUCACUUCUGAAACAUUGGACCAGCCGGUGACCUCAGCUUCCACCCCCGGUCGGAGUGAAAGGACCGCCGCAGGACCGGACCGCCGCCGCCUCUUUUUUUUAGACCCCCAGCGAGCAGACUGCCCCUGCGGGCCGCCAUGAGCGAAGUGGGGAUCGUGAAGGAGGGAUGGCUUCACAAACGAGGAGAGUACAUCAAGACCUGGAGGCCGCGGUAUUUCUUACUGAAGAGUGACGGGACGUUCAUCGGCUACAAGGAGCGGCCGCAGGACGUGGACCAGCUGGAGACGCCGCUGAACAACUUUUCCGUUGCACAAUGCCAGCUGAUGAAGACCGAGAGGCCGAAGCCCAACACCUUCAUCAUCCGCUGCCUGCAGUGGACCACGGUCAUCGAGCGCACCUUUCACGUGGAAACACCUGAGGAGAGGGAAGAAUGGACGAAAGCCAUCCAGGCCGUGGCGGACAGCCUGCAGAAGCAGGAGGAGGAGAUGAUGGACUCCUCCCCUGACCCCAUGGACAUGGAGAUGUACCUGACCAAACCCCGACUCAAAGUGACUAUGCAUGACUUUGAAUACCUCAAGCUCCUCGGGAAGGGCACUUUCGGGAAGGUCAUCCUGGUCAAGGAGAAGGCCACUGGGCGAUACUACGCCAUGAAAAUCCUGAAAAAAGAAGUGAUUGUGGCUAAGGACGAAGUAGCGCACACGCUCACGGAAAACCGAGUGCUGCAGAACUCCAAGCACCCGUUCUUGACGGGUUUGAAAUAUUCCUUCCAGACGCAUGACCGUUUGUGCUUCGUCAUGGAGUAUGCAAAUGGAGGAGAGCUGUUCUUCCACCUAUCCCGGGAUCGCAUCUUUUCGGAGGAGCGGGCACGGUUCUACGGGGCAGAAAUCGUUUCAGCGCUGGAUUACCUCCAUUCAGAGAAGAAUGUGGUCUACAGGGACCUAAAGUUGGAAAACCUAAUGCUGGACAAGGACGGGCACAUCAAGAUCACAGACUUUGGCCUCUGUAAGGAAGGGAUCAAGGACGGCGCCACCAUGAAGACCUUCUGUGGGACACCCGAGUAUUUGGCGCCAGAGGUGCUGGAGGACAAUGACUACGGGAGGGCGGUGGACUGGUGGGGGCUGGGCGUGGUCAUGUACGAGAUGAUGUGCGGCCGCCUUCCCUUCUACAACCAGGACCACGAGAAACUGUUCGAGCUCAUCCUCAUGGAAGACAUCCGUUUUCCUCGAACUCUGGGGCCCGAGGGCAAGUCCCUGCUUUCCGGCCUGCUCAAGAAGGACCCCAAGCAGCGGUUAGGUGGGGGUCCAGAUGACGCCAAGGAAAUCAUGCAGCACAAGUUCUUCACCGGCAUCGAAUGGCAGGAUGUCUACGAGAGGAAGCUUGAUCCACCUUUCAAGCCGCAGGUCACCUCGGAGACAGAUACUCGGUAUUUUGAUGAAGAGUUCACAGGACAGACCAUCACUAUCACCCCCCCAGGACAAGAUGAGAACAUGGAGUCAUUCGACAGCGACAGGAGGCCUCAUUUCCCCCAGUUCUCCUACUCAGCCAGCGGUACGGCCUAGAGGGCCCUCGCGCAUUGCCCCGGUCUUACCAUUUCCCCCAACCCCCACCAGGCUGUAUUCUCAAAGACCUUGACCUUUGACUUUUUUUUUUUUCUUUUCAAUGUCACGUGUAAAAUACCAUUGUUUUGGUGGGCACUUUUUUUUUUUUCCUGUCUCCUUUUUUUAUUUUUAUUAUUUUAUUUUAUUAUUAUUAUUUUUUUUUUUUUGCAUGUUAUCACCUGUGUGGAAAAAGGCACUUGAGCAGAAGCGAUGGCUGGUUGUUACCCGCGUGGCCUUCGAAGACCAUCCUCCUGUGAAGUGUCUGAGUGGCAACACUACAGUGUGCUUUUCUCCUGCUUUCACUCAGCUGAAAGGGUUUUUUUUUUUUUUUUCCUCGAUCUGGACUGUGGAGAACCAAAUGGACCAGAGGUUUGCGGCAGUCCCGACAGCACUGUGACUAAGAUCCCAGUUUUAUCAUUGUCGCUUUGCCUUUAUUAAUUGUGAUGCUCCCUGUUCACAAAGCAGGCCUUAAAAGUUGUUAGGAUGCCAUUUUGAAUGAGGACUUUCUUGGGCUUAUGAAUUCCAUGUCCAAAUUCAGUUGUUGCUGUUUUGCGAUUUUUAUGAAUUGUGUGGACCAACCAUUUUUUUCCCCCCAGAUUUGGGAUAUCUGUUCUUUUGGUCUCAAUUUUCUUGUUGACCACAGGUUAAAGCAGUGGCUGAAACCUUGGUUUGGUUGCCAGGUUGAGAACGAAACAUUUCUGAAGUACCCCUUGAGUUGGCCUUGAAUGUAGUUGUUUUCAAAAAAAAAAUCAAUAACAAGCUUUAAGCACAUAUAACUUGUAUAGGGCAAGGUCACUUUGGUGAGACAUUUUAAAUCGGUUGUUUGAAAGGCCUCGUACAUUUCCCGAGAAGACGUUUUUACUCGCUUUUUUGCAAAAACAAAAAAUUGUCGAUGGUCAUUAACUUGGCGCCCCUCCCCCCACUCUUAACUGCGAGGUAAAGGUAUCCAUUUUUUCCCAGCAUGCACAUUUCUGCUGGCGCAUUCAGCCUAUUGGUCAAAACUCCUGACUCCACUGUCAACUAUAGAAGGUCAUGGACCGCUGAAAAACGUACAAGAACACAACCAUGCUGUGUGGGCCGCCGUCGGUGGAACCACUCCUUCUGAACAAACUGCUCGGAUUGAACUCAUAGAUUGUGCAAUAAUAGCUGUACAACACAUGCACUUGGGGGGAGGAAUGCAGACAAUUUUGGGAGAUUCCCCCAGAAUGCAGGAAGGGGUUAAAAAAAAAAAAGUGCAUAUAUAUUUCAUUUCAAAAUGAAUGUCUGCAGAUACAACUGUGACCAAAGUACAGGUUAGUGGCCUUGUGUCCAUCUUCUGUCUGCAUGGCUUCAUCCAACUGUCCCUUGUCCAGCACACCUGGAAUACCUUAUCCUCGUUUACAAGCCAACAAUUUUUGUUGUUUUGGGGGAAACUUCCCAUUUACAUAUCGCACAGUCUCAAUGAAGACACUUUAAGGAUAUACUCACUCCUCCUGGGAUAUAUUUGUUGAAGUAAAUUUUAGUUUAGAUCACGCAGACACGUUGAAUUGGAUUUGCUUGCCUAGUUUCUUUGUCUUUGCUAUUGUUUUGUAUUGUAUGUACACCAGCAAUUACACGGACAAGUCUGUGCCAGCAUGCACUUCCCAGCUCUACAGUCCUGGUGUAAUGGUAUAUUUAUAGGCCGUUCAUGAUUUCUGUCUAAAACGCAAAAGAAUUGGACUGUCUUUUUAUAAAUUUAAAGCUGAAAUGAGAGGCUUAAAUUGCAUUAAAAAGACCUUAAUGGUUAAAUGUUUUUUGUAACAAAUAACCAUUUUUAGAGCAAACAAAAUUCAACAAGACUUAAAAUUAGCCUCCUGUUUCACAAUUGUCCAAUUGUAGGGGAAGUAAGCACUGUUUGUUUUGGUCAUUUUUGAGAUCCUUUAAAUUAUUUGUUUCUGAUAAAUUAUUCUUGUUUUUUUGUUUUCUUUAUUUCUUCUGAUUUUGACUGAUAAUUGUUUGGUAAGUAUUGACUGGUUCUACAAUUGUUAAUGAAUGUAAAAGUCUUUUUGUAGUAUUUUUUUCAGGCCCCACUCCAUCUCAUUUUGUAAGCUUUGUUUAUUUACUUGUUGAUGUCACUGAACAAUACGUUGUUUUUUUUUUUUUUGUCUUUUUUUAUUUCAAGAUAAUCUUAUUGGACCUCCUCGCGUGGCUAUUUGUUUGCCCAACGGUUGCAGGUCCAUGUAUUCAGUCUCCGAGGUGCUCACUUAGUCAUAUAUGUCCUGUGGGGUGGGGUUGGAUUCAUUUUAGAAAGGGAUUUAAAAGAUGUUUCUUUCAAUGCUCCUCCCACCCAUGGUAUCCAGGAGACUGAACUAAGACGAUUGUCUCCCUUCUGCUUAAGCAGUGGUUUGUUUCCUUUAAACUCUAAAAUAAAGAACUAUGAUUAUA